UGCAGAAGCCUUCCCAGGACAGAUCUUGGGAAUGCCAAUAUCCGCUUGUUCCAUGCAAAAGAAAAUGGAGACGUGGCUCGUUUUGACGGCACUCCUGCUUUCACUCUCUCUGGCUGCCGCCGCCGGCACGGAGACGGUGAAAGUGAUCACCACCCCAGUCUUCCCCCACAUCCCUCGACUUCAGGCAAGCAAGGAUUUCCAGGUGCUCGUGCGCGUCGAGGCGCCACCGGCGCUGCAGCAGCAUAGACGCGUCCCCGUCGACCUCGCCGUGGUGCUCGACGUGGGUGCCAGCACCGGCACCGGCACCGGCGUGCCGAGGCUGGAUGCGGUGAAGAAGGCGGUCAAGUUUAUCAUCAGCCAGGUCCACGACAACGACCGUCUCGCCGUCGUCGGGCCGUCCAACUAUCGGCUAGUCACCGGGUUCAAGGACACCUACGACGCCCGACACAAUGCCCAGAAAUCCGUCGAGCAGCUGCAGCACCGUGGUGAGUUCACGUCGGGCGCCGGCUUGGAGGAGGCCAUCAAGAUCCUGGAGGAGCUACCGGCGACGGCGAGCCGUAGCAGCCGCGCGCGCUUCGUCAUCUUGGUGACGGACAGGGCAGUGGCAGAGGGCAGCAGCAGAUUCAGCAAGCUGCCGCGCGAGUCCCUCCCCCCGGUGCACACGUUCGGGCUCGGCGAGGCGCACGACCCCAGGGAGCUGUUGCAUAUCGCCAGGGAAUCCCAGGGCACCUACUCAUUCGUGGACGACCAGAACACGGACGGCAUCACCGGCGCCAUCGCCGUCUGCCUCAGCGGGCUCAAGAACGUGGUCGCCGUCGGCGCGCGCGUCCGCCUUGAGACGCCCGUCGGGAGCGGGGUCACCAUCGAGAGGAUCCAGUCGGGGGGAUACACAUACAGCAGGACUCGCCCCAUCACCACCAGAGACGACAAGACGUACGUCGAGGUCGCCCUCGGCGCCCUAUACGCCGGCGAGGUGAAGAGCUUCCUCGUCCACCUCAGCGUGCCUGCUCUUCUUGCUUCGACGUCGACCGUCGUCGCCGACGGCUGCUACAGGCAACAGCUGCUCACCGCCAGCCUCGUCGGCCACUACACCACCAGCGACGAAGAAUAUGCUGCGGCUCCAGCUUCUCCAAGUCCAACGGUGACACAGGCAAUCUUGUACGUGCAAAGGCCGCCGCCGGAAGCCCUCGACGUCUUCUGCGGCGGCGCGCUGCAGACAGUCCCCGUCCCCGUGGUGAUGAACCACAUCGCGCGGUUCGGCGUGCUGGAGAUGGUGGCCACCUUCGUCGACACCGACAUCGGGCGGCAUAGCACCGUCACCGCGGAAGUGGCGACGAAGCUGCGGGCCCAGUGGGAGAAGUUUGUGCAGGCGCGGCAGUUCUGGAGCGGCCUGGACCUGGGAGUCCUCGAGGACGAGGUCAGCUGGAUGGUUAACAUCCUAGAAAAAGCAGCAAGCAGAAGCGGCUCGUCGGCGGCGACGGCCUACAUGCUGUCGUGGCUGUCGAGCUACCAGAUGCAGCGACCGACGGCCAUGGGAUCCCCGGACAGCGUCGCGGCCGCUUUCGUCACCGUGAACAUGCAGCUCACACUGCUGGAGGUGAGGAAAGGCAUCGUCACACUUCCUCCACCACAACCACCAAUCGUCUGCGUGGAUCCACUGCCGCCGCCGCUGUUCAAGCCGUCCGGACGGAACGACGACACCUACCGCGUCGUCAACACCGCUUACCCGCCGAGCGUACUGGUGGACGCCAUCAACGAAGCAAUGAAGCAGAUGCACCUGGCGUUGGUUCAGGCGAGCAAACUCCAGCGAUGCGAUGGUGCCGGCGUCGAUGCGAUGAUGCCACGGGCAGCUGGCGCAUUCGCAUGAUCCAGACACCGGCCGACGAUCCAUCAGUCAUUCACCUACUGCUGCUGUCCUACCAUAUAUAUAUGUUCUUGAUUUCUUGUUUUUUUCCUAAAAAAUAAAGGAGAGCAUCAAUUUGCAUUGGCGUAAAUUUUAUUUUCUUUAAUUAGACGAGGGAGUGUACGAAUCACUGUCAACACUCAAUGCAACACCACCUCAAAGCAUUGUAUUGUAACCAAGCAUGUGAUAAUAUAUAUAAUAAGCAAUCGGUCCGCAUGCAUUUAUGCACUGUUAUUAUA